UUUCGCUUUCGUUUCCCGCUCGCUGCCCGCUGUUCCCCGCCCCGGGCCCCGCUCCAGCUCCCGGCGCUGAGGGGCAGACGGCGGUGCCGCACCGAGCCGGUUCAUGGGGGCCUUGCAGAGUUACAUUCUAGGGACCUCGGAAGAGAAAAUCGGUUUAGAUUCAGAUUAUGUCACUGAUUCAUUGAAGGCUAUGUCCCCAACAAUGGCUGUGUCAGCCUAAUGGUGGGGAGAAUAAACAGUAGGAAGGAGAGAGAGAAUACAAGUGCCACCAGGAGACACAUCUUAACCAAACUUCCUUCUCAGGAUCAAGCAUGGUAAUGGAUGAGGUCAGCUUGCAGAUGCCCAUCAAUAAAGAUGCCUAUGAAACUCUUAAGAGAAGAGACAACUGUCUAAGUAAUCUCAUUUCCCAAAAGUUUGCUUGUACGUUGGCCUUCAAAAGCACAAAAAGCACUGUUGAAGUAUACAGGAAAAAACUAAAGGGAAUUGACAUUUGUGUUUGUAAGGGUGAUCUCACAGGACACAAGGUUGAUGCUUUGGUGAAUGCAGCCAAUGAAUACCUACAGCAUGCAGCAGGUCUCGCUUUCGCCCUUGUGGCAGCUGGAGGGUCAGAAAUACAAGAGGAAAGCAACUUUUUUGUUCAGAAGUAUGGCAGAGUCCAAGCUGGUGAAAUAGCAGUAACAGGUGGAGGGAAGCUUCCUUGUGAGAUCAUAAUUCAUGCAGUUGGUCCAAGGUGGAAUGCUUCUGAAAAGGAAAAAUGUUGUUACCUACUUGAGAAAGCUAUUAUGAAUGUUCUGCUUUAUGUUAGUGCUCCAGAAAGGACCAUAAAGUCUGUGGCUAUCCCAGCAGUGAGCUCAGGUAUCUUUGGCUUCCCACUCAGUUUGUGUGCUCAGGUGAUUGUAAUGGCUGUAAGGCAAUUUGUUGAGGUACAUCCACCAAGCUUUCUCAGGGAAAUCCGCCUGGUGAACAUUGAUGAGGCUACAGUUGCAGAAAUGAAGAAGGCCUGUGAGAAGUUUCUGGAUGAUACUAGUUCACUUCAGGAAACUGUGUCAUCUUCACCAAGCCAGGCUUUAACUUUCAUCAAAUAUGAAGGCAUUCGCUUGCGCGUCACAAGAGGACACCUUGACGAGCAGAAGACUACAGCUGUUGUUAACUGUGUGUUUAAGAGUGGGAAGCCUCCCUGCCCAUUUUCAAGACUGCUGCAAAAAGCGGGUCCAGGUCUUCAGGAGGAACUUAGGAAUCAUCUUAGUUUUUCGACACAUUAUAAGGAACUCAUAGUAACAGAAGGGUAUUGUCUGCCUUGUAAGUUUGUACUGCACGUGGUAUUGAGAGAAUGCGAACACCCGGUGUCACAGUGUGAGGAAUUAAAGCAUGCAGUGGAAAGAUGCCUGAGUCAGGACCAGCAAUGUCCCUCAGUUUCUUUUCCAGUAAAAUGGUCAUUAAAGCUUCCUGUUGAUAUAGUGGCAGAGACCAUGAUUGAAGAAGUUUUAAACUUUGCCAGGGCACACCCUGAGAAGAAGAGAGACGUGCAGUUUGUCAUUUGCCCAGAUGACCUUAAUGCCUAUCAGGUUUUCCAGAGAAAAUUCUAUUCAGCAAAACACAAACUGGAAAACAGAAGUGAUCCGUUGAGUACAGAGUCAGGCAGCCAAACCAUAAAAGAGACUGCAAAUGAAGAACAAGUGAUUGAACUUAGAGGGAGAACACACACAGCAGUGGAAGCAGCAGAAUCGUGGCUGCGGAGUUUGGUACAGAUUCAGGAAGGUCGCCAUGCUGUUAUUAGAAACAACUACAUUUUUUGCCUUGGUAAAAAGGAGUUUGCAGAACUCUUUCGAGAGCAGCCUUCUAGUGUAUGUGCGUCAGAAGAAGUGAGAGGUGGAAAAGCAACACUGGAAUUUCAAGGCCCUCCCAAUGCUGUGGUUGAUGCAGUGCUCACAACUGAGAAUUUACUGCUUUGUAUGCAAGAGAAGACUAUAGCUGAACAAAAGAAACUGCUCUACUCAAUGUGCCAACCAGAAGCAGGUCAACUUUCAGAAGAAGACCUUCACAAGACAAAUACUAAUAAUUACAUCCAGAUUUUACCAGUAGAGUCACACCUCCAGGAGUUUAAAGACAGACAGAAACAGUUUGAAAAAGCUGGACUUCAUGUUCUCAAGAUUGAAAAGAUACAUAAUCCUCUUCUAUCUGCUGCAUUCCAACAAAUGAAAAAAAGAAUAGAAGAAAGACAAGGUACCUCCAAAAUAACCCACAAGUUAUACCAGCAUGUUCCUGCUGAGUUCUGUAGUUCAGUUUGCCAGACUGGAUUUCACAGGAUGUAUUCUCCACCAACAGAACAAAAUUAUGGACCUGGCAUCUACUUCAAAAGGAACCUGAGAAACCUAAUCGAGGAUAAAGCUAUGGGGGAAAUGGACUCUAAAAUGUAUGUGUUUGAGGCUGAUGUAUUAACAGGCUUAUACACUAAAGGCCAGUCAUCUAAUAUUAUUAUGCCAUUCGCUGUGGAGGGAGAUGCCUUUACAUUAUAUGACAGCUUGGUAAAUGAUAUGGACAAUCCUGACACCUUUGUCAUUUACAACAGUGUAGGGGCCCUUCCACAAUAUUUGCUGACUUGUUCCCCAGUGACUGAGCAUUAUGCAUGAGUAUUCUCUGAGGAAACCAGCAGCAUUCUGAGUGAGAAUUAAUCAGAACUGUAGCUAUUGUGAAGAUCCCCUCAGAACAAAGUCUAGUGCUUAGAUUUAAGAGGUUGCUCUACUUAGUAACAUGCUGUGGUCAAAGUGCCUCAUGCAAAAUACUCUGAAAUAUCCAUGAACAAAACAGUAAGGCAAUGCCUUAAGGAGAUUAGAAGAAAAUUAUGUGAGUGGAAACAGAAGGGAGAGCAUCCCAAAAUAAGAGUUUAACAUUUACAUGGUCAUUAACUUUUUACCUUACAGUGUUCUGAGUAGGGGACUAUACACAUUAUGUUUGCAUAGGCUGUCAUUUUUCCAUUGCAUUUUCUUAAUCUGAGAUAUUGCAUAUGUCAGUGAAACAAAAAGUCUUAGUUGUGUCUUUGAUUCUUAAAUUUUCUUUUGACUUAAAUAGGUGAAUGUAGCAGACAAAAGCUGUUUCCCAGUGAGAGACAUGCUGUUAAAUACACGCAGUUAUGACAAACAUGAGGCAAAACUUCAUGAUUUCUAACAGGAGUUGCUGUUGCAGGUUUUAUUAGUUAUUUCAAGCAUUGUAGAUACAUGUAUUCAAAAUAAAAAGUAUGAAUGUCACUGUCA